AUGGUUGCGUUCAGACAACCAGGCCAGAUAUUCCUUGAGAUUGACGUUUCCGUGCGGCUCCGCCGAGCCAUCAUUCUUAAUGACCUAUUUCUUGUGAAACGAAUAACAAAGAACAAUCCAAACGCUCUGCAAAACCCAGACUUUGCAGAAAAGGGAAAUACUUCCCUUCACCUUGCAGCCAAACUAGGUUUUCUAGAGAUCGCCACCUACCUUGUUGAAGCUGGCCACGAGAAUGGAGGAAUCUCUCGAAAUGCGGACUGGGAUACACCCCUCAUGCUCGCAUGCGAAGCGCAUCCUCACCUUGCAGCAAUGCUUGCAAAAAAGUUUCCAGGGUCCAUAAAUUGGAGGAACAAACGUGGCGUGGAUGCGAUGAUGACCGCUGCGAAAAAUGGCCAAGACACCAUUGUUGCAACGCUUCUUAGCGGCAGGAUUGAGAAUCCUGAGCCAAACGACUUGCCCGGUACUGGCGCCGGCGCUAUCGAGCGAGCAGACGUGACAGCACAAGACAAUGAUGGGAAUACUGCAUUACAUUAUGCUUCCGCUUACGGCGAACUAAAAGUUAUUCGAACCCUUCUGCAAGCCGGCGCCUCCCCACUCGCUCGUAAUGCAUAUUCUUGGACGCCUAUUAGUUAUUCAUUAACUGUUGCCGCGGAAGUAUAUUUCCGAAACCUGGUCGCCGAGUUUGAGAAACGGAAGGUUGAGAUAAAGCAGGCGGAGCGAGCAGAGCGGGCUAAGCGUGGCGUAGGGGGCGUGAGAUUAGUGACGGAGGAUAUGGAUCCUGGACAUCCUCGUACUGAGGGAGAGCCCUCAGCCCUCACACCAGCGGAUGAUCGCAGUCCUAUGUCUGGAAAAUUCUUUCCACCACCACAAAUGCAUGGUUCACCGGCGCCGGCGUCGGGCCCCGCCGCUGCUUCAACGAAAAGCGAAAGCGGAUGGAGCUUCGGUGGACUACGCGGGAGAGCAAGUAGCGGGGAAUAG